CCCAACUAACACCACAUGCAGCCAGUCUAGCUCCUGGCGCAAGUUGUGCGAGAGCCAAACUCCGCCAAGUACACAAAACUUGGUAAUUUUUGUUAAGGUAUCGCCGUUCUUUGAGAGCGGCAGUCACGUUUUCCACGUUCUUGGCACAAAAGCUAGGCGAAUUUUCUUUAUUUUCGUUCACGAUUUCUUUAUUGUUAGCCACUUUCCUGCCAAAAGAGUUGAAUUGAAAAGAAAAAAAAAAGUUUUACUGAGAGUGAAUUUUUUUCGCCUACGUUACGGAUGCCAAGUGAAAUAUAUCUCCUUCAAAAAGUUAUCGAUAUAUGAAGAAAAAUAUUAAAAAAAGAGAUGCGGUUGUUGAUAUAGCGCCAAAGAAAUUUUUUUUCUACUGAAAAGUUGGAAAUUUUGGUUCGAUAAGUUUCUCAGACUAGAAACUCAGAAAAAUAAAUAUAUGAUGUUUUGUAAAUACUGGAAACUGAAACAAUCACAGUGUUUGGAAAACUAUUGCGUUAGAAGGAUUCUUAUUACAUUUGUGAUAGUUUUUCUUGUCCAAGGAACAAAUUGUGCCAGAAAUCGAGGAUGGAUGCAUGCAUCCCAAGACUGCGAAUUUCCUUCCAAAUGGACAGGGGUAUGGUUCCAGAAAGGAGUGCAUCCGCCCAUCAAAAUAGAGAAAGAUAUAUUUUCUUUCAAAGGAAAAUGUUUGGCGGCUGACAGUCAUAUGUUUUAUAUUGAAGACGCGAAAGAAAAAUGCUUUCGUUGUGUUGUGAUAUAUGAGAAACAUCCAAAUGUUUUGCAAUAUAGAGAAACGUAUUGUGAUGGUUAUAAAUCCCUCCAUCAAGCUUGUUCUACCAUCAACGCGGAUGCCCCUCUCUAUUCGCUUUUUCGAAUGGAUGCCAAACCUGUAUCUUGCCAACUAAAGGGUCCUUAUACAUUUACCUACAGUAGAGGCCAUGGUGAAUGUCUUUAUCCUAUGUCAACAAUUGACUCUUGUACAGACGAUUCUCGUCUACUUUUCCGAUUCCAAGCCUGCGCUGACGUCCUGGGAACAGAAAGUUCUGUUGAAGAACUUAGCUGCCUUGCUGUAUGGAAAGAAGGCUCUGCGCAUUAUUUAGUGGGGAAAAUGUCAAAUGAAAAACAUUUAAAUCUACCUUUCACUGAUGAUAAUACAUACAGAUGUUUUGUUUUUGAUUAUUUGCCAGAGAAAGGAAUUCAAAUGUCUCAAUCUGCAGACGCUACCUGUGAUGGUUUAGUUUCGCCAUGGGAAGGAUCUCGUACACUUAGAUUACUCAGAAGCAAACAUCCAACAGCCAGUUGUCAAUUUCCAUCAUGGGUUGCUUCCUCUCAUAAAUGGCACACAUUAGACGGGAAGAAAAUCUAUACAUUCAGCCAUAAAAAUACAUCAUUCAAGCUAUCACGACUGCACGAUCAUACAGAUACAAAAUUUUUAUGUAUUGAUGAAGUUUCUUCAACGCCAAAUACUAGCACAUUCAUCACGUACAGCAUGUCUGGAUGUAAAAAUGGUUAUGUUUGCAUGAAGUUUUAUCACAGGCAUAGACAUAUAAUAGAAAUUCAAUUUGGUGACCUAGCAAGAAGUUCCCAAGAAGCUUGUCAUUCAGCAUUUACUGAUACUUACAGUAAUCAAGAAUUCGUUACAUUAGUUGCCCCUUCAGCCACGUCUUCUGGGUGCCCACAGUUAGUUGAAACUAAUGGCCUCCGAAUACAGGUUGGAAAAGUAGUUACAUCGUCUUUUCGACCAGAACUAUGUCGAGAUUCUGCUGCAAAAGUAGUUGGCUGCCGCUCUAGUGAUUCUAUAGAAUUUCUAACUAGUUGCGCAUCAUUUUCAGAUGUUCAAAGCUUCCAUUGCCAUGGAGACUGGGAAGAAAAUGGUCGAAGUUAUUUAGUUACAGGUCUAAGAAACUCUAAAAACAAAUACUGUUUUGUGUAUUGGAGCAAUGAUAAGACUACACAUUUGACAGGAAUACAUGACACAUGCAGACGAACGAUUGAGCCAGGAAUUACUGGAAAUUUUACCUUUAACAUUUCAUCUGCAGGUUUAUGUGACAGUUUGCUUCAUAAUAGUUCUACGAUAAGAUCGUGUCGUUUGUUAUCUUUGAUAGAGAAUUUGGUGUUUCUUUGUUUGCUUUACAAAUUAUUUUUACGGUGACAAUGUCAAAUGAAAUUCUGAAAAGAGUAUUCUAGAAGAAAGAGUGGGAAGUUCCGAGCAAGUCAUUUCAGUGCCUAGUCAAAUGUUUAAGAUAAAGGAACUUAUUCACACAUUGGAGACCAAUGCUAGAUUCAAUCUUAUGCUGCCAGCAAACACGAAGCAUAAAUUAUUUCUAAGACUUUGAAGCAUUGUUUUCAUACUUUACGUGUUUAUUUCUCCUGUCUAUAGUACACUGUACGAAAUUUUGAUCCACGUUGAACCAUAACAUUGCGUAAAUUAGUUAAUGCCCUAUCAAGGUGCCCUUUUGAACCAUUUUAUCAUCGUGCAAAUUAACUGUUUUGAAUUUAAAUGUUCAAAAUGGUUAAAAUUAGUAUUAUGGUAUGAGUUAUCCCAGAAAAAUGAAUCGAAAAAUAUACUUGAUGAAAGAAAAACUUCAUUAGCUUCGAAAUUUCAUUCCAAUUCCUAAACUUUUGGAUGCUGAAAAGUUCGUCUUUUAUCAAGUUAUGCACUGUUAGAAUUUCCUUUCUAAUGUCCAUCCGAUAAACUAUGAAGUUUACGGUAAACAAUAUAUUUUUCCUUUGCGGUUUUAUAACCAUUUACAACUGGCAUGGUUUGAAACCCGUAAAAAAAUUGAACUGUACCUAGUUUUUUUUCAUUAGAUAGGUUUAGUUGGUGCGAUAAAAUUCUGCUCGCUUUACCAAAUUAGGUGAAAGCAGUUCAUAAGCGGUUUUUCUCACAGUUAACAGUUUGAUUGCCAUCUUAUUUAUGCUUAUUUGACUGUUUAGUAUGGAUAUGGCAAAACAACAAUUAAAUAAAGUUUUACUUAACAAUUUUUCCGAGAAAAUUCUAACAGUGUAGUAUGGCACAAACAGAACAAGAACAUGGUUUAAUUUUACUCCAUUUAAAGGUUGUAGAAAAAUUGCACGAUAAAAAGGGUUCAAAGUAAUGAUAUUAUGAUUCAACGUCCAAGCGUUGCAAUGAAAGUAUACACUAACCUGUAUUAUUUUCCAAUACGUUUGUAUGAUUGAAAUCUUUUUCUAGUCAUAGUGCUGUUUAAUUGCCAGUGCCCUAUACUAGGCGCACAAGAAACAGACCUAGUCCAAACAAAUUAAGGGCCCAAAAUACAUUUUUAUAUUAUAGCAUAUAAUUUUAAAAAAAAUGAAAUUUUAAGAAAGGUACUUAAGUACAUUUUAAUUGUUUAAUUGCUCAUUUGAAGCCUGCGCAACUCGUUGUAGCUUGUAUUUACAUAUUUUCCUUAUUCCCCUAAAUAUUUUUUUCAGUAAAAACUUUAAAAGAACAUAAUAUGAACAAUGAGAAGCAUUGCUGUUUUUAAUUUUCUUUCCUUAUUAUGAAUAUAAGCUGCGUUGAGUGAUUAUGUUGACAAAUAUUAUAUAGGAGGAUUAAGCGAAAUUUACAACAAAAAAAAUUUCAUUUUUUUAAUACUUUUGUGAUUUAACUAUUUUUAAAUUAAAAAAAAAUCAUUUAAUUAGAAAUAUUUUUUUUAGAUUUGGAAAUAGAUUUGACUUUAAGAGAAAUUGUACUUAAUACUUUCUAUUCAAAUUUAAACAAAAAAGCAUGUUUAAGACAAUAUUCGGUUGUCAAACCGUGAUUUUCUUUCGCAAGUUAACACGUUUCCCAUCAUUUUUAUUGACUGAGAUCGUUUAAUUUUGCUAAGGGAUGCGUUUUUUUCCAUCAAAUACUGAUAAACUAAAUCAUAAUCGUUUAAUAUAGCUUGUAAAUUUUUAUAAAAUUUACAAAUUUAAACAAAAAAGCACUUAAGGAAACAUAUUGUUUUAGUAUAAUAAAAACGUUUAUAUAUUUACAAUCUUAAUUAAAAUUUCUUUCUUAUGAAACUCAAUAAUGAAGAAUAAAAACAAAAAUAUCAUAAGUCAAACAUGAUAAAUAUAUACCUUUAGAGAUUUUAUUAAGAAAUACGAGUACUUGUUCGGUUUAUAAAACGAAGAAAAAAGCAUUUUUCUCCUAUAAUAACUUAAAACAUCACUUAAAUUUAAUGAAAAUAUCAUAGUUUUAAUAGAAACAUGUCAGACAAGAUUGCUUUCAAUCAAAUGUCAAGUUCUAUAUUCACAAUUCCUAUUAGGUUUGAUACAUCAUACAACUACCUGCAACAAAUAUUUUUGAGGGCAUGUUGAAACCAAAACAAAAACUUUCACAUUUACAAUUAUUUUUUAUGAAGCAUAAAAAUAUCACACAAAUUAGGCAUGGUAUUUUCAUCAAUUAAGUAAAAAGACUUUUUAAGACAUUGUAAAUUAGAUAGUGAUUCGAAAGUUAAAGAUACUUAAUUUUUAACAGUUAACAUAAUUUUGUUUUAUUUAGAGUUAUAGAAUACAUUACUUUCAAUUUCUUUUAAUAAAAUGAUAAUCAAGUAAAGAAAGAAACUUUCUAAACAUGUUUUGUGGUUGUUGAUGCUGAAGUUAUUUUUCUAAAUCUGAUAAAAUCAGAAUCGUUCUUAUGAUGAGCCCUUUAGUUACUCGUUUUAGCGAAUAAUUUCAUUAAACAAGAAAACUUUUAAAAAAUUAUAAUGAUUAAAUAAAUAGAAUUUUUUUGUGAAAGCGUAGUCAUUUAACAUUCCGUUUACAAAAUACAUUUGCAUAUUUACUAUUAUUAAUUUAUGUCAUAUCGAGGCAGCCGUGUAAAUAUAAAUAUAUAUGGAACUAACACCAACAAAUAACACUGUGAUGAUGUCCAAAAUGUGUCAAAAAUGAUAAUUUUGGAUUACAGAUUAUUGUGUCAUCAAAUUUGAUAGAAUUCCAUGUUUUAUCACCAGAUUUGUACAUUAUCUGUUGUAAAAUAAGAGUUAACUGUCUAUUAGAUUAUGAAAACAAAAAUAUCUUCCGUAUAUUACGGAGGUUGAAAGAUUUAUAUGUAUAAUAUUAUACUUAAAAUACAUCUGUAUAUAUUGAUAAUGCUAUAAAUAUAUUUUGUGGGAAAUAAUCCCAUACCACUGAAG